AUGGGGGGAAUGAUCAACGGAACAAGUGUUUCUGAUGUGGCCAUUAAAUUUGAUUGCACGGAGAGAUUUCCUUGUGAAGGGAUUUUGUUGCAGGAUAUCAAUAUAGUGAGAGAAGCAAGUGGAGCAGCCAAAGCUAUGUGCAGCUGCAGCCAUGUCAAUGUAAAAGAAACUGGAGCUGUUUCGCCACAUUGCUCUUGA